AGCCACGGAACAACGAUGACCGUCGGCCGUAAGGCGAGCGAUAAAUGCAUCUCCAUCAAAGGAUGACUUCCGUCUGAGACCGCAUCGCCACAGCGCGACUGUUCCUGAGGCUAAAAGGGGAUCACCUUGCCCGGCUGGUCCAUGGAUGGACGAAGACGGACUGAGAGAUGUAUGGAUGGCCGAUCUGUGCUCGAUCUGUACUGGCUUGGGCGAGUAUAUCUAUGUGUUUCCAUCAGGCCUGCCGCGAGACUAGGCAACCCGUUUCGCUCUUCUGCUCAGGCUAUCGAACACUCUACGCUGGUCAUGGACGGAAACUAGCGUCUCUGAACUCUAGCCGUUUCGCUUUUCCUCUACUCGAGUAUACAAUGCCCAGACGAGAUAUCGAGUUCAAGACAUGUGACAAUGUCAAACUGCGUGGCUGGCUCUGUCAGCCUGAAAGGGCAGAGGGCGAGCUGCCUUGUCUCGUCAUGGCUAACGGCUGGACUUUGUCUAAGGAGAUGGGUCUCAAUACUCUCGCAGAGCACUUCAGCUCCAAUCUGCCUAUCUGUUGUCUUGCUUGCGACAAUCCAUACUUUGGCGCAUAAGAGGGGCAGCCGAAAUACGAGAUUAAUCCCGAUCUGCAGCGGAGCAACUAUACAGACGGGGUCACCUACGCGCGUCACUCACUGAAUUGAACCUCGACCGCAUCGAUAUAUGGAAUAGUUCGCACAGUGCUGGCCACGUAUUAUACGUUGGGGCGGUCGACCGCUCGAGGCUUUCGCUCGUGCUCGCGAGCCGAAGCAACUACGCAUGACCGAUGGCGGCCAUUUCGAUACUUACAGCGGUCCUGUUUACGGGAAGUAUGCUGCCCAACAAGUGUUGUUCUUGAAGGCAAGGCUCUGUGCUUAGGGUUGGACGGAAGACUUGCUGCGAAGUGCCAAGUGACUCGCAGGUGCUUUCCACACUA